CGGGUCAGUCUUAGCACUUUCCUUCAGUCAGUGACCAACUCCUAGCUUAGUGCGCUCUCUGCUAGCCCCUGGGUCCCCUUCCAGCCUCCUUCCCGCCACGAGAGCGAACCCUGCUGCCGGCAGGCCGAAGGGGAGCAAAGAAAGGAGGAUUAAAGAGAAGAAAGACCUGGCUGGGUCUGGGUGGUGUCUGCGGUGCCAGAAAGGGAGGUGGCGGCGGCUGCGGCAGCUGCGACCACGGCCGCGCGGGACGUGAGGCCCAACAGCAGCCGACGGCGGCGGCGGAGGCGGCCGCUCCAGCGCCUCGCGCCGGGGCCGUUAGUCAGCAGAACGCGAACCCGUGUGGAGGAGCAGGGCCGGCGCGAGGCGAGACUCGGGAGCUCGAGCCGGCCCCCUUGGGCGCCGCCGUCCUUCCUCGUCCCGGCGCCGGGGGCUGCCGCCCUCGUCCCCCCUCUUUGGCCGGGCCCGCCCGCAGGCCGGGAGAGUCGGGCGGCGGCAGCAGCGCGGAUCGCGCCUUGUAGAGGACAGCGCGGCGGCAGAGGUUCUCUCCCGGCCCUUUCUGCCUGACGCUUUGGCUGCGGCCCUCAGGUGCAGAAGAUGAAUAAUCUUUCAUUUAGUGAGCUAUGUUGCCUCUUCUGCUGUCCACCUUGUCCAGGGAAAAUUGCUUCAAAAUUAGCAUUUUUGCCACCUGAUCCAACUUACACGCUGAUGUGUGAUGAAAGUGGAAGCCGCUGGACGUUACACCUAUCAGAACGAGCAGACUGGCAAUAUUCUUCUAGAGAAAAAGAUGCUAUUGAGUGUUUCAUGACUAGAACCAGUAAAGGCAACAGAAUUGCCUGCAUGUUUGUGCGUUGCUCACCCAAUGCCAAAUACACUUUACUCUUUUCACACGGAAAUGCUGUUGAUCUUGGUCAGAUGAGCAGCUUUUACAUAGGACUGGGAUCACGGAUUAAUUGUAAUAUAUUCUCAUAUGAUUAUUCUGGAUAUGGUGCAAGUUCUGGGAAACCAACAGAGAAGAACCUCUAUGCAGACAUAGAAGCUGCUUGGCUUGCUCUUAGGACAAGAUACGGCAUUCGCCCUGAAAAUGUGAUUAUAUAUGGCCAAAGUAUAGGGACAGUACCAUCUGUGGAUCUCGCUGCUCGGUAUGAGAGUGCUGCUGUUAUUCUUCAUUCUCCUUUGACCUCAGGAAUGCGAGUCGCUUUUCCUGAUACCAAGAAGACCUACUGUUUUGAUGCAUUCCCAAACAUUGACAAAAUCUCUAAGAUUACCUCUCCAGUAUUAAUAAUUCAUGGGACUGAAGAUGAAGUCAUUGACUUUUCACAUGGCCUCGCAUUGUUUGAGCGUUGCCAAAGACCUGUGGAGCCUCUGUGGGUUGAAGGGGCAGGUCACAAUGAUGUGGAACUUUAUGGACAGUAUCUUGAAAGAUUGAAACAGUUUGUGUCACAGGAACUGGUAAAUUUGUAAAAUAUUCUGAAAAUUUGCAUACUGGGUUUUCUUUCUUGCUGAACUGCACUCUUUGGUAAAUAACAUAAAACCUGAAGGUUUUGUUUGCAAAUCAUGUCAGUUGCCUUCAUAAAUGUACAGGUAAUGAUUUGUUAACAGACUUAAUGAAGGUUUUAAUUACCAAACUAGAAACUGGAAAUAACAGUAUCAUGCAGUCAGGCUGUGUAAUUUAUAUUUUUUCUGUGAAUUUUUUUUUAAACAUCAAGAUGAGUACUGUAUGAAUUUUAAUUCUAUAAGAUCAAAUGCUAUGAAAGUAUUGCCAAAUGCUUUUGCAUAUCGGAAACAAAUUUAUAAAUAUUUUUAAAACAUCUCAA